UCUACCUGGUGCUACUUGUGUGACAGCUAAGUGCGUACUGUGUCAGCUAGGUACGUACUGUGUCAGCUAGGUAAACAACUGGGCCAGCUAAGUAAACAACUGUGUCAGCUAAAUACGUACCGAGUGAACCAGAGACAGGUAUGAAUGAGGCGGUGAGGUGUGGCGUGUGUUGUGAGGUGUACUGCGAGGGGACCCGUGAACCUCGUAUGUUACCCUGCGGCCACACCUUCUGCCGCAGCUGCCUGGACGUCAACCAGUCUAAGUGCGGCGGCGGUCACCUUACCUGUCUCACCUGUCCCACCAAGCACCAAGUGUCCCUACAACACCUGCCUAUCAGUUUCGCCCUCCUUGACUUAGCGACUAAUUAUAACGAUUCCCAGCCGGAAUGGUGCAGCGUCCAUGGUGACGGUCUGAACUACUGGUGCCGGGAGUGUAAGCGACUGUUGUGUGGCCUCUGCCUUUACACGGGUCACCCACUAGGUCACCAGGUCACCCCAGCACGUGCUCUCCUCCAUAAGAAACGUGCCAUCACCAGUCAACUGGCUAACAUCAACUGCAUCGUGGAGAAAGUCAAACAACAUACGGUAGCCAUCUUCCAUGACACGGUGAGCCAGAUCUUAUCGUUAAGCAGAUGGACAGGGCGGAUCACAGAGGUAGAGGCUAAAGUGGCCGCCCUCACCGCCCAGCAAGAUGAUAUCACAGGAGUGGAGGCUGUUGAGGAUUAUGAGCACAAGGUAAAGAGGUUGGCAGAAGAAGCUGAGGAUAUAGUUACUUCAUUUACCACAGUUCGAACUAAAACCCGUAAUGGUGUGAAUGAUGGGGGAAAGAGUGGUGGUGGUGGUGGUGGUGAAAAUGGUGGUGAUAGUGGUAAUAAUAGUGACGUGAAUGGUGGUGGUGGUGAUAUAAGAUGGUAG